GUUUCACUUUUGAAUCACGCUAAGAGAUAAUUACGGGAGUAAAACGCCGGCCGAUUGCGAGAGAUUGUCGAUUCACGUUUGUGAAGACGGCGCGCGUCCACCGGAAUAUCUUUUUUCCAGAAUUUCGGGAUACGUAAUGUCAUCACAUGGGAAGAAGACGGCUAGACGGAUAGUCAACGAUCAAUAGUAUCUGGAAAAUGACUUGGUGACUCAUAUAUGCCGAGGAUUUCCCGCGAAUCAUGGUGUCCGGGGAGAACGAGAGGCUGUUGCCUGAUCCUGAAAACUACGCAAAGUGUUUUUACGAUCUCUUUAAAAACGUCGAGACGCAAAGGAACAAGGGAGAAUGGAGAAAAUGUAAAAAACAUAAAACUGUUCGUAAAAGGGACAAGAAAAAGAUUGAUUUAAAUGGAGAAUUAAAUUACAAUAAUCUACCAGAGAUAGAAACACCUUGUAAUGCUUCAGCAUUUGCUGUGUUUGCUAGUGUGAGAAAUGCUAUUCUAGAAAAACAUUCAAAAUUAUCAAGUGAAGUUUAUAGAACCUCAAACUGUAAUUCUCCACCACCAGAUCUUAGUGACACUAUAGAUACAGAAAGUGAUGAUGAAGAUAGAAUAUCAACUAUACAGAAUUUACCAAAGAUUGUAGGUAUUGGUUUAAGAAGUGUUUUUACAUUGAUGCGCGAGAGUAGAACAAUUGAUCCAAUCUUAUGUACAAAGGCGUUAUCGGCUUUAUUAGAUGUUUUACAAGGACAACUACCAGAAGGCCUCAAAUCUGAACCAGAUGACGUUAUUGAUCCAUUAUUUGAUUUAUUACUGGAUCUUGCAACAUCUCAUGGUCCUGAAUCGGCCGCAGCUAACGAUGGCAGUCAUUUGACAGCUGUUGCUUGCGCGUGUUUGUUGAGCCUUGUUGUGGUAAGAGGAGAUACUGGGCGCCUGCUAGCAGCAAUAGCAGCUCUACUUAUGUCUCCCAGAGCAUUAGCGAUACAAAAUAUUCAGAUGCCAUGUGUGCUAACAUCUCUGCAGAGAAGUGUUCAUGCUAUUUUGUUAGGCAAACUUGUGAGACCAGAUUGGAUUACAUAUGGAGUUCCCAAGUGUUCCAAGAUAUAUACCUCUACACUUAAGUUACCAAAUGAGAUGAACAAUAUGGUAUUGAAUGAACGUAGUUUUGUGAGCGAUGGAAAGUACUUAUAUUUGCAUACAUCUCGUGGUUUGUUGAAAAUUGGAAGUGGCCAUGGUGGUACAAUAUGGGGGCAUAUAUAUAUACAUAAAGCAGAUUUUUAUCCAACAGAAACAGGAUGGCUUGGUUAUGCUAAUAAUUCGUUAUAUUUCAAAUGCGCACCAAAGAAACAGAGUGAAUUAUUAAUUAUUGAUGCAGAAACGCUUAUAGUAACAGGAAUUGCCGUCCUGGAAGGAAAAGAUUGGUCAUCUUCUGUCAUGUUCUCUGAUGGCGAAAAUUUAGGAAUGAUAACAGCAGGCAAAGAUGAAGGUUUUGUAGUGCGUACAAUAAAUACACUGAGUAAUCCUGUAACAGUUGCCUCUGAAUUGCCACUGAAAUUGGCAAGGAAAUGUGUAGAUAUAUUUGGAUAUGCAUCAUUUGAUGAAGAACAAACGAUACAUACUUUAAAUCCGGGAUGCGAUGAUGAAAUUGCGAUGGUUACAGCAGGAAAGGAAUUUGGUUUACUAAAAACAGUGUCUGGAAAAUUAUUAUAUAGCGGAAAAGGAACUUGUUUAGGCAUGAAGAGUAAUACAAGACCUAAUAGAUGGUUAGAGCUUACUCUUGGUCCUAAAAGUCUAAGAAUUGCCCAUUUUGCAGCAGGCCAUGAUGGUCAGCAUGCCGUAAUGGUCAUGGAGGAUGGUUCUGUAUUCUUUAUUGGCACUGCUAGACGUGGAGAAGAUGGAGAUAGUAAUAAAGCUCGUAGGCAACCAAAACCGGUAAAACCAAAGAAAAUGGCAAAAGUGGAAGGCCAGUUUAUCGUUGACGCCGCUUGCAAUAACGGAUCUACCGCUUUAGUUACGAAAGACGGCUCUCUAUUAAUGUUUGGCAAAGAUACACUACAUAGCGAUCCAGUGACGGGAUUAGUUACCGAUUUAAGGGACGUGUGUAUAGUUCGUGUGUCGUUAGGAAAGGCUCAUGCUGCUGCAUUAACUAAUAAAGGACAUUUAUAUACUUUUGGUAUAAAUAAUAAAGGACAAUGUGGUCGCGAUUCCGCAACAGUGCACACCGUGAAUAAGGAAAUGUCAGUGGUUGCGAUGGAGAUGGGUACAGGGGAAGAUGAACUGAUAAUAGCGGAAGAAGAGAAUGUGGAUCCUGCAGAGGAUUGGGAAGAAACGAAGGGUAUGUGCCAACCGGGGCAACAUCAGUGGAGACAUCGCGUUUGCAUGGUUUGCACGAUAUGCAGAGAAUGUACUGGCUACAGUAUAUCGUGCUUGAGUAGUAUACGCCCCGAUCGGAAUCCCGGUCAAGAAUGCGGAUGUGGCGAAGGGGACAGCGGAUGUGCGGAAUGCGGAUGUUGUCGCACGUGUGCGAGAAAGAGUUGCAGCAACGGUAUAUCGGGCUCCAAUUUUCGUGAAUACUUGCAGAGACGAUUAGGCGAAAUAAAGCAACGGCAAAGAAGUAAAGCAGGACCAAGUACCGUCAAAUAUGGAGUAAAAAUCAAGAGUUCGAAUAAUCAGCGUACCGCCGGUCCCAGUAUUGCGCAAAAGGGAUUUUUGGAAAAAGUUGCAUUGGGAUUAAGCGGUAAUCUCGCGGCCGAGGAAGCCGUCGGCGGUAGCGAUGUGGAACGGGGAGACGCGGCGAGAAUUGCCAGUAUAUCACCGGCCAGAGUUCCCAUUCCUAGCGAGAGCCCUGUGAUUCAAGUAUCUUGCGGUUUACAUCAUACAGUUUUACUUUUGCAAAACGGAGAAGUAUAUACAUUUGGUAGUAAUAUAUACGGUCAAUUAGGCGUCGGGGAUUUGGUGGCGCAUGCGGGACCGGUUCAAGUUAAAUUGCCGACUAUUGCUACCCAGGUAGCUGCUGGGAGCAAUCAUACCGUUAUACUUACGUCCAAGGGCGAAAUUUAUACUUUCGGUGCAUAUCAAAAGGGACAACUUGGCAUGAAUUGGUGGAAUGAUCAGAAUGAAUCUACGAAUAUUAGUUCUCAGGCAAAUCGCCGCGUUGAUCGAUCUCAACCGUGGCACAGUUUUCCAAACGUAGUUCCGAAUAUCGGUCCUCGAUGGGGCAGACGGGCAACAUGGAUCGGCGCCGCUGGUGAUCAAACUUACGUUAAGAUAGAUGAAAUUAAUUCUAUUAGUUUGACGAGAAGUACCGUUAUGGCGAAUAAGAAUUGUAUUAUUUUAAUACCUCAUCAAAACGAGCAUGCGAAUUCUUUCAAAAGUUUGGUGAUAAGUAAACGCGAUGGUACGUGCAACAGUUAUAACGGUGCGGAUCAGGUUGAUUUUAAUAACUGUGCGGCGUGUUUGGAUCCCUUGUACAACGUUAUUUGGACUUUCAAUUCGGUGAAUAACGAAAUAAGUUUGUAUAACAUAAUAUCGACGGAAGCUAGGACGAUACCCAGUUUGGAAGCAUCCAUACUCAAUCCAGGCUUGGCGCUUCCGGUUAUUUCAACUUGUUUUGUAACGCGUUCUCAAGCAGCGAUGCACUUAUUAGCUUGUUUAGAUACAUUGACACAGGCUCAGGAUGAGAACUUAUCGAUAGUCGAAGAAAGCGAAUGUCAUCAGUCAACACACGGCAAAGUUUACAGCCGCGAGGAUUACGUCACUGUUAGCAGAUUUGAAAGUCACGGGGGAGGAUGGGGUUAUUCCGCUCAUUCGAUCGAAGCGAUUAGAUUUAUGCCGGAUACGGACAUUAUAUUAGGAGGAUACGGUUUAUUUGGCGGUCGAGGUGAAUAUACCGCGAAGAUAAAGCUCUUUGAUAUCGGAAUGGAUGGUGGAGAUCAAGAGAACGAUGGAGAGCUUCUCGCGGAGACAGAAGAGAUUCCGUAUGAAUGCGGCCCAAGACAGAAAUAUUCGAUUCUGUUUGAUGAUCCGAUUUGUUUGCAAGCAAACAGAUGGUACGUGGCGUGGGCUAAAGUUGGUGGACCUUCCAGCGAUUGCGGUUCUGGUGGGCAAGGAGUGGUCACGGCCGAAGAUCAGGUGAUGUUUUAUUUUAAAUCAUCUAAAAGAUCUAAUAACGGUACCGAUGUUAAUGCCGGUCAGAUUCCGCAAUUAUUGUAUCGAGUUGUCACACCCGAAAAUCAGACAUCGAACAGACAGAGAGAUCAAAUAGAGCCGGUCUAUGUUUUGAAGAAGGAAUUUAGUAGAACUGUUACGAAAGAAUGUUUUCAGUCUUUGAUAUCUCUCCUUCAGUGGAGCUGGAACACGUUGAAGGCGUCACUGGUCGAUGCAGUUCAUAUCGCAUCAUCGACUCACGCGUUGCUCGAGAUGGAGCGGUUAGUAUACAUAAGUAAAGCUAGUCUAAGAUUGCUCAGAACGUAUACCAAUGAAAUUUAUCCUAAUCACAUUGUAAAGAAGAGCCCUCCCGAAUCAGUACGUUUAGCGGAAUGUAUAGGCGAAGUACGGGCGUUACUGCGUCAAAUCUUGUCUGAUUCUUUGCCAAUCGCUCUAAAGAGUAAAGGAAAGACGCGAUCUAAGAAUUCCAAUAAUACUUUGGGAAAUAAGAUGACAAGCAGUAUAUUGGACGAAUGUCACAAGACGUUUGUGGCUUGUUAUCACGCAUUUUAUCCUACUGCGUAUCUUAAAUGGACAUGUUUGUGCGAAUUGUUAUCGGAAAUCGACAAAGAACAAGGUACAACUACGAAAGAUCGUCUUCUCUCUGCCGUACUAGCCUCGUUGUGCAAUUCGACGAUACGACUUAGGUGCACUUUUCCUAUUUUGAGCAACAUUAUGGACAGCAGUGACAGUGUAAAGCGGCAACUCAGCCCAUCUGACAAUGCUGGUCUGCUUAUGAUGAAUUCUACGGAGAGUCAUCAAUAUCCGAUUUUGGUCGAGCAGAUUAGCUACAAGUCCCAAGUAGAAAGCGCUAGCAAGGAAAUCUUGAAUUGGUCGUUUCGCGAAGUACUCGACAGACUAUUGGAUCUGAUAUUAAUACCGGUCAAGAAAAGUCUUUGUAGAGAAAAGACUCAAUCUCUGCCGGAAUUGAUUCUUCAUUGCUGUUAUCUAUUAGCGCGAGUCAUCGCCGAAUUGGCCGCGCAAUCGAGUGGAAACGAAGACGAACUGCAAGCGGCUUGUGGUAGGCUUAUGUACACCACACCGUCGAGAUUCACGAGGACAAAUCAAUCAAGAUCAUGGAAUACGGGUAAUGGUUCUCCGGAUGCUAUCUGUUUUUCUGUUGAUAGACCAGGCAUUCUUAUAGCCGGUGUUGGUAUUUAUGGAGGUGCAGGAGUAUAUGAUUACGAAUUGGAAUUGCUAGAUGAUCAAAAUAAUACUGGUAACGAUCCAUCGCAUACUCAGCGUUGGAGCAGCUUAGAUUUUACAAGAGGCUCCUUUGGGCCAGAUGACUGUGUUAAUGACAUAGUAGAAUUAAAAUUUGACAAACCAGUUCUUAUAAAAGAGAAUAUCAAAUAUGCUAUUAGAUUACGAAAUCGUGGAGGACGUACUAGUAAUGGUGAUGGUGGUUUGAGUGUUGUCAAAGGAGCAGAUGGCACAACAUUUACCUUCACAGCUUGUUCCUUGAGCUUUAACGGCACAACACAAACUAGAGGUCAAAUACCGCAUAUUUUAUAUUAUUCGAAUCCACAAGAUUCCGAUGGGCAGCACACGAAUAAAGCUAUGGCGGAAGUGCAAGCAAGAAAAUGUACUCUUGCUAUGACUGCAACAAUUAUUCAACGGUCAAAUGAAAUUUUUUCUUUGGCGAGAGAAAGAGCAGAGGAAGUAAUAGCCAAUGAAGUCCUUGGUAACGCGACUUUUGUAACGACUCUCUUGCCACUAGUAAUGGCACAUAUUAGUCCCUUGGCUACAUCAGAUCCUAGAAGUAGCGUACAAAUUCUUACUCUAAUACAAGAGAUGUUGCCACACAUCGCAGCUUUAAAUUUACUGUCUACAAUGGGAACCUCUCAAAUAUCUCAAGAUAGCGAAACUCAAUCACACUUUGCUCCUCCAGUUACCACCAGUCAUCAUUAUACUUGGCUAGAGAGUGAACAUCCUUAUAAACCAGCGACAGUGUCGUAUUACAAAGUCACUUUUCCGGAAACAGUAAAAUGGCUGACUGUCGAAUUUACACCGGAGUGUGGAACAUCGCAACCUGAGGACUAUUUACAGCUUUAUAUACCAAAUAUAAUCUUCAAUUCUUCCACUGGGACAGUUUUGAAUAUUACGAGCGAAGAUGGUCCACAAUACUGGCCAGUAUUGCAUAAAUUGAGCAAUGUUCAGAGUCAAUGGCCUCAAAACGCUGUUGUAUUACCAGGAAAUGAAGUGAUAUUUUCUUUGGAAACUGCAUCUGAUUAUAUGAAAAAUGAGAGCUCCAUUACAUACGGCUUCAAAUGCUUAGUUAUUGGUUACGAUUGGAUAACAUCUGGUCAUGGUCUGAAGAAUUUGGAAAUUGAGUUAUCUUUUCUUGGAGGAGCGUGUGCUGCAAGUCUCAUGAAGAAAAAUUUAUUGUUGCCUUCAGUAUCCUCGGAAGAAGUAGAAGAGGACUUGGAAUCGAUGCAGGAAACGGCAAGGAGGAUUUUCUCUGUACAUUCGGCGUUACUCGGACGAGGAUUUGCACUCGCGUCGCCCCCCACAGUUUCGCAGGCUCUCGACGGUGUGCUCCCGUACAGUUGUCACUCAAACGAGCGUCUCUUCCUGCGCGAUUUCGUCUCCUGCUCAGCCGGCACCAGUGGUGGCAGACUCGCGCGAUGGUUGCAACCGGAUAGUUUCGUCGAUCCCUCUCAAUGUGAGGCAUUAUAUUCGCGGGAAGAAAUGAGAUGCGGAUGGCCGGCGAUCGUCACCGUGCUCACGAGAGAUCAAUACGGCGAAGUCGUGCACGUAUCCGGAUUAAAGAUCGAAGUCAAGGCGGUACCAAUCGACAAGACAGACAUCACGGAAUCCGAUCAGAGCAGGAAAAUUCGCCGUGUUUCUCAACCGGAUCCAUUAACCUUUGGAGGUCAUCCACAACCAUCCUUGGACGUCCCGUACGAAGUGACCAUCAACAACAAAAUGUGCUUCUAUGCCAUCACCAUCAUGAAAGCCUAUCAAAAUUACUCGUUCGAGGAACUGAGAUUCAUGUCUCCCACCGUCAAGAGAUCGAGCGAGAGUAUGCUAGUAAGACCCAACGGUGAUGGCAGUUACAGUGCUACGUGGACACCAUCCUCGGUCGGUUGGUACUCGCUGAUGAUCACGGUGGACGGUUAUAACAUGGAGGAUAAUUAUAAAGUUGAAGUAAAGGAACCUCCUCAAGGUAUGCAACCGCCCACUCAGAACAUUGUCAAAAAGCCUCAGCUUCAGCCGAGCAGACUCAGAAAAUUUGUAGCAAAGAAUAGUGCUGGUUUAAGAAUACGGGCUCAUCCGUCGCUGCAAAGCGAACAAAUCGGAUUUGUUCCGGUUAAUGGCACUAUAGCUUUCGUCGAUGAGAUUCAUAAUGAUGACGGCGUUUGGUUACGUUUAAACGCGGAGACAAUCAAAGAAUACUGUAAAAGUAGUCAUCUCGAAGCCUGGUGUUUGCAGUACAAUCAGCAUUUAGGGAAAACUUUGCUUCUACCAGUAGAGGAACCAAAGUCCAUUCUAGAUCAAGUCAUUAAGGAAACCAUUUUGCGAAAGCGGCCUGAUACUGGUGAUGAGUAUGUAAACGAAUCUUUCUUUCGUUUCUUAUGCAUUUUUAUUAAUUUUAAUAUAAUUGCUUUUUUUUGUAGCAAAAGAAAGACAGUAACCUUUGACGCCGGAAGAAGCAUGAUAGUCGUGAAAUGUGGCGCUUCUGGACACAAUAUUAGAAGUAAACCAAGCUUGAAGGGCGCGCCAAUUGGAAUGUUAGCGCUUGGAAAUACAGUGACUGUUCAAGAAUACUGCGUGAAUCAUGAAGGAACAUGGGUGCGUAUCGAUGACGAUUCGGUGGUGAAAUAUUGCUUCGAUAAGAAUCGGAGCGUAGAAGCAUGGUCGCUCGCGAUCAACAAACAAACUGACGUAAUUUAUAUGAAACUUGAACAGGAUUUAGAAAACGAUCCGAUCGAAAAAAAGCCAAUACCAGACCCGGCCAUUUCACCAAGUAAUAAAGGUUUUGAUUUUUCGGUACCUUCUGUUAGCCACGAGGGCUUCAAUUUUACCGCACAAAAUUACACGGCGGAUACGGCUGAAUCUAUUGAGGGUUGUAAUACAAAUCCUUUUGUUUUUGGCUCAUAUAAUCAACAUGAUUCGCCAGGAAGCGAACGCUUCAUACCGGAAAAGAUUGAUGGUACUCCAAAGUUUUCGAAACCUCAUUCGAAAGAAAGAGUAGCUAAAGAGCGGGAAAGAGAAGGUGGUGGUGGAAAAUUUAGUGUUCUUCAGAAAUGGCUACGAGGUGAUGAUAAAUGUCAUGGAGAGAAAAGAAGUUCCCCGGGCAGAGAUUUUUCCGAAUUUGUGGGCGUAUCUGUGAAAGAGUUGGUAAAAGCAAUGGGGGAAAGCCGUGCAAAUGGCAAUGGAGCGACACCACCGGAGACACCGCGGCGAACAUCACGAAGUUCCUCGCCGAAGAAUCCCCAAGGUGGAUCGCCCAGAUUUCACAGCCCGUCUUCUAGCCCGGUUCCAAUACCUGCUGGGUCCAGUCGACAGCCAGCCGUUUCUGGCAAUUGCCUCUUCCCUCCUGCUGCUAAUGCACCAGGUGGGAGAAGCGCGAUAGGAGGGGGAGAGAGUAUGAGUAGCAGCCCUGUACUCUGCGGCUCCCCCCGCAGUGUCGGCCUCUCCCUAUUAGGAGGGAUGAUCGACAGCAUAACGUCGCAACGGCGCGGUUCGACACAGAGUGACACAAGUGCCUUGGUUAGCAGCUUGACUAGAGAUCCAUCUCAGUCACCGAGUGGCAUCAGUACUACUGCCAAUACGCGUGAUCUAUCACCGAGUCCAAGUUGCAGUUCUUUACACAUGAGAUCUGAGGGCAGCAUAGCGAGUCCACCCGAUACUCCUAAAAAAGAGUGUGCUGAUUCUCAGGAAAGUCCGCGCAAAAUGUCUCAAGCGCAAACACAAACAAGCCCCGAAAAUGCUACUACAGCUAUGAAAGGUCAUUUCAGUAUCGGCUCGUCCGGAGUAAAAGACGAACGACACUCGCCUAAAAUGAGCAGGAGAGAUCACAUGAAGGCUGUGAAAACUAGAGCAAAACGUGCCAUGUCGCCUGCCAACGCACAGCAGAGUCCAAAUCCUAAUCGUGCUUUAAAUUUAAGUAAAGACAAGGUUAAAGAAGCGAUUAGUCCUUCUGUAGCAGAAUGUUUAAGAGCUGUUUUUGCGGCGUUUUUGUGGCAUGAAGGGAUUGUGCACGAUGCUAUGGCUUGUGCGAGUUUCCUCAAGUUCCAUCCAAGUUUACCGAAACAAGGUGCACUGGUUGUAACCAGACAUACCGUUGUACAAUCCAGUGACAAGCAGCAACAAGAACAAAAGGCACGGCAGAGACAUUCCGUGGAAGUGACGAAUGCCGGCAAUUAUUUGCACAUCCAACCUAGUACGUUGGAGACACUCACGCGUUCAGCUGCGAACGCUAAUGCCAAUAGGAGCAGGAAAAAACAGGAGAAUACGUUCAAAGAAGAGGUUCAGGCAAACUCGGGCAAGCUCAGUUCCUUGCCCGAAUUUCACACAGUUGCGGUACUGCCACCCGCAUUGAAGAGCCUGGUUUUUCUAUGGGAAGAACUCAGCACCAAUUGUUUACAGGCUAUCGAACAACAAUCGAUCCUGCCUAGUCCUAUAUCGCAAAUACAAACAAUGAAGCUGGCGAAACGGCCGAUACCAGAGAAACGUCCCAGAGAAGAUAAAGUGAAGGAACGCGAAAAGAAAAGUAGUCGGAAAAAGAAGGAAUGGAAGCCUAUUGGUAGAGCGAAUGCAUCUGAGGUUUUGACGGGAAUCGAGCGCGAGACUAUCUGCGAACUUUGUGGCCUGAUGUUUCCACAUCCAGUCACUUAUCAUAUGAAGACAAUGCAUCCAGGUUGUGGCUGGCACGCGGGCGGAAAAGGAUACAACAGUGGUGGAAAUUACUGCGUGGGGUGGGCAGGCAAUUGCGGAGAUGGCGGUGUUGGUGGUAGUUCAUGGUAUUUAAUCUGUGACACAUGUAGAGAUAAGUAUUUGAAGGCCAGAAAGAGCAAAUUUGCAAAGAAAUUUGUAAGCGGAAUUUCCAAGAGAAAAAACGGCACAAGCAAAAUUCUCUCUCCGAUUAACAGUCCCAGUGCAAAUGAAACUCAUAUUAUUAUGAAAAACAAUGCGAUGUUUUUGUUGGAUUUGGCUAGCGCUUCUGGCUUUAAUAUCCCAAAACAGCAGAGACGACCUUCGCAGACUUUAUCGUCUGUGGCGGAGAAUUAUAGUCCUCCAGAGGCCGCCGGACCAUUUCCGCCAACCGGACCAUUCCAGUGUUUGCAAGCUUUAGGUGUUCAUCACUCACAAAGUCACGACGAAAGAUAUUACGAAGAAACUCUGAGACGUGAAAAUGGACAACAAAAUAAUUAUGAAGGAAGCAGUGGCACGUUUAAUAUCACAAAUGGCAGACCAUUGUCAGAGUAUCCAAUGAGUGACAGUGAUAAUGAAAGCGGCAAGAAUCGUAGCAUGUUCCAUAGAUCGGUAUCUAUGUCUACUGGCGCACCUUGGGCUAGAAACAGUAACGAUGGCAGAGUUGUUAUGAUGAGAAAACGAAAUAAUAGUAGUAGCGAAAUGAGUAAUGAAGCAGGUUCUUCGCUUUUGUGUUAUCCGUCUGCUGCACUUCAGAAAUUAGUGCCAUCAAUGGAUCAAUCCGCAAUAGUGUCCACUAGCCAAACCGAAGUAGCAAGUAACGAUCGAAUUGAGAUUCUCAUGAGACCUGUGAUGUUGUUCGUUCUUCAACAACACAACUUGCAACAUCUGCAGCUUGCGAUGAAGCAAGCAUUGCGUCGCGGCGCCUGUCGAGUUUACGCGAUGCAGGCGUUAAAUUGGCUUUUAAGAAGCGUAACACAACCAAUUUGUUUGCACGACUUACUAUGGUGGUUCGUCUCGUCUCUUACGCCGAUCGUUCCUUCUGAUAAUACAGAUGCUACUGAUGACGAUAACAAAACAGAAAAGAAAGAAGAUCAUGAUACGAUAGGCGUCAGUGAGCAUCCUUUAUGUGAUUUAAUGAUAGCUGGAGAAGCUGUCAAUCCAUUACCCACUGUGUUUCAUACUUUAUUGCAAACUAUUGCGGAUUUAAUGCUAUUACCACCACUUGGAUCUCCAUUACAACAAGCUGCGAUUCGGUGCUGGGGAAUCCGAUUUACGCCAGCAGAUCACAUGUUUCUGCAUAGAAGUCACGUAUUUAGUAAUAUUAGCAAAAUUCUUUCACGUUCCGAAGAAGAAGAGGAUGUGACAAUGAGUAUGCAUGAGAGUCACCACUCAACAGUUUCGCAACAGAUAAGCAGUUGUGUGGAAGCUUUAAAGGAUUUAACAUCUAGCAUCGAGAUCAAAGCCUCCAGUCGCCAAGCCAUGAUUGGUAGUCUAACAGACAAUUCAACGGAAACAUUUUGGGAAUCUGGAGAUGAAGAUCGUAACAAAACUAAAGUGAUUACUAUAAUUUGUGGUGCUCAUACCAUGCCUAGAAUGUUGUAUGUACAUAUCGAUAACUGCCGCGAUUUAACACACAAAGUGUCAAGCAUAACUUUCCUAUCCGGUGUUAAUGCAGAUGAGAUGACAAAGUUAAUUUCUGUUGAGAUUGAAAGUAGAUCAGCUGGAUGGAUUAAUUGUCCAAUCACUGAUCAACGCCAUAUAGUAAUAGGUAUGGAAUUAAAGGGUCCAGAUAAUUCUUUGAGAGUUCGUCAAAUUAGAGUGCUUGGUGAGAUCGAAGGAGGCUCUUUAAGAAUAGGAAAACAACUAAGCGCACAGACUAUUCAGCAAAGAAAUUGCGAGGCAGAAACUUUGAAAGUAUUCCGUUUAAUUACAUCUCAAGUAUUUGGGAAACUUAUACAAGGAGAGAAGCAACAAGAGACAGAAUCAACAGAAGGCGUUAACGAAGAUUUGGAGGAUAGUAAUGAUCUCCGAGAACAUAUGGUUGGAAUAUUAUUUAGCAGAAGUAAUUUGACGCACUUACAAAAACAAGUAUGUACUCAUAUCGUGCAAGCGAUUAGAAAAGAAACUAUACGUUUGAGAGAAGAAUGGGAGAUGCUUCUGUGUUCACCGACGCCUGUUAAUAGUCUGUUGAGUGACAACAGCGAUUUGCCAAAAGCGGCCGAUACCUAUUGCUUUGAAAUGCUUUCUAUGGUUCUUGCUUUAAGUGGAAGUUCUGUAGGACAAUAUUACUUAUCACAUCAGACUGGUUUACUAAAAGAUCUACUAAGUUUGUUGCAUACUGGAUCAGCAAGAGUACAGCGUCAGGUAACAUCUCUUCUAAGACGAAUAUUGCCCGAAAUUAAACCCGAAACACUAGCGAGUGUUACAAACGUCGAACGAUUGCCGCCUACCGACUUUAGUAUCGUAUCUGCGGCGAACAGCGGUUUUACUCAUGUUUCGGACUUCAACGAACAUUCUGCCGGAAUUCUCGACGUAUUUUUAAGCUGUAUCGCGAAAGCUUUGAAUGUACAAGUUAAAGUGAAAGGGAAAGAAAAUGGCAAGGCACUUCAAAGUACUUCAUUAGCUACUAGCAUUCAUCCGAAAAGUUAUGUUGGAACAAGAUGGUGGUUGAGAGGUUGCAUGACGCGUAAACUAGCAGAAGUAAUAAUCCAACUUUUGAAGGACAUGGCAUCGGGUAAGUUAUCGGAGGAAUGGGCAUCUAUAACGAAAGCGGCUAUAGCCGAGAAUAUCUUAAAUUUAACCAGAUUGGACGAAAAGAGUCGCGAUCCUACAGAAUGCCUUCGAUCCCCGACGCUAUGGUUAGCACUCGCGUCUUUGUGCGUUUUGGAUUCGGAUCACGUUGAAAGAUUAUCGUCUGGUCAAUGGAGCGGUUCUGAAGGGCAACCAUUGCCGCCGAGACCAAUGUGUAGUAAUCACGAUGACGACGAGACCACAGCCAUUAUUCAAUGUAAUGUUUGCGGUAAUUUAUGCGCGGAAUGCGACAAAAUUCUACAUCUUCAUAGAAGGACCAGGACGCACCUCAGACAAGUGUGCAAAGAAGAAGAGGAAGCGAUACGAGUGGACCUUCACGAAGGUUGCGGAAGAACGAAACUCUUCUGGAUCUUGGCUCUAGCGGAUAGCAGAACAUUGAAGGCAUUAAUAGAAUUUCGCGACGGUUCGCCGAGAAAACCGGUCGGUGCUACUACUGGUAUUUGCCGAUUUUGCGGCACCACGGGAAAUACGGGUUUGCUAGCCAUAGGCAACAUCUGUGCCGAUCACGAUUGUCAGGAACAUGCCAAAAACGCUUGUAACAAGGUUCACUCUUGCGGUCAUAUUUGUGGGGGUGUUAGAAACGAGAAAACUUGUUUACCUUGCUUGCAUCGUUGCUUAUCGGGGACGGAUUUAAAACAGGACGCCGAUGACAUGUGCAUGAUUUGCUUCACCGAAGCCCUGUCCUGCGCGCCGGCAAUUCAGUUGCAGUGCGGCCAUGUGUUCCAUCUACAUUGUUGCCGACACGUCCUGAUGAAGCGCUGGGUAGGACCGCGGAUCACUUUCGGUUUCUCUCUCUGCCCGAUCUGCAAAGUACCGAUGGAUCAUCCAACAUUAUCCGAGCAAUUGGCAAGCGUGAAAGAACUCUAUGAGGAUGUACGAAGAAAGGCUUUAAUGCGCUUGGAAUACGAAGGCCUGCACAAGGCCGAAGGAGCAUUUGCACCCGGUAGUCGUUAUCAAGACUCCGCUGCCUACGCGAUGGAACGGUAUGCGUAUUACGUAUGUUACAAAUGUCAGAAGGCUUAUUAUGGUGGUGAGGCGCGAUGCGACGCACAGCUAGGCGGGGAAUCUUUCGACCCCGCGGAACUAGUGUGCGGUGGCUGUAGCGACGUGGCAAGAGCACAGAUGUGUCCGAAGCACGGAGCGGACUUUCUCGAGUAUAAAUGUCGAUACUGCUGCUCGGUGGCAGUCUUCUUCUGCUUCGGAACCACGCAUUUCUGCAAACCCUGUCACGACGACUUCCAGCGUGUUACCACCAUCCCGAAGAGCGAGUUGCCUGUAUGUCCCGCUGGUUCCAAAGCUAAGCAAUUAGAAGGUGACGAAUGCCCAUUGCAUGUGAAGCAUCCGCCGACCGGAGAAGAAUUUGCUCUAGGUUGCGGUAUCUGCCGCAACGCACACACGUUUUAAGCUUCCAGUGCUACCUUAUGAUUUUUAAUGGAAUUGACACAGUUUAAUAGCCAAGUAUGAAAAUGGAUUCGCGAUGAUAAGGAGAUGUGAGGAGAGACGUAUCUUGUAAAGUAAUGGAUAAGUCGCACGUUUUUAUAAGUAAAUUUAGUAAUUAACUCCCGAUAGCAAAAAAAGCUCGAUAACUUGCUUAUCAAACUUCCACAUAUGAUUAAAAGGGAAAGAAUUUUACGUCAUGCAGGAUGUUAUAGAUAGAGGAAAAAAAAUACUCGUAAUACGUAUCUUAAUAUUUAGAAAGACGUAAAAUAACAUAUAACUCCCGUACUAUUUAUAUAAUAAAUGAUUGACUCUAGUAUAUCAAUAAGUAAUAUACAAGUAAGUUAUAUAUAUAUAUAUAUAUAUAUAUAUAUAUAUAUAUAUAUAUAUAUAUGACGAAAGUGUGUGUAUUUAAGAAAGUAUACUAAAUUAUCACAAGUAUCAUUAAUAGACAUUAAAAAUGAAUGAAAAAGAUGAUAUAC